CCUCAACCUUCUACGAAAUGCAACCUACACGUCCAUGCGAUGCGCCGACGUCAAUGCGUGCCGUAGGUUAGAUAAUGGUGUCUUUGUGUCUCCUCGGUUCCCUGCCUGGGCAUCUGAGGGGCAAAGCAGUGUUGUAGGUAGACUGCCGGCACAGUAUAGGUUGAUGCGCAGGGCCGUCUCUUUGUCCACCGGCGGUGCCAUUGUGCACUGCAUACAGACAACCAGAUCGAAGGCGACACCGACCAGGGGGGAUAAAACCUGUCCGAUCGCUGGGUUACUUGCCUCUUUGGUGCGCUCCCGCGACCAUUGCGCCGCUUCACCCCGACUCAGCGUCACCAUUGCGCCCUCGCGACGCGACGGCAUCUUCGCAGUGCCCUCUUGGCAGCGCCUGUGGUGUCUCCAGCCCGGGUCGUGUUCUCCCCUCCUCCUCCCCCUCCUCGCGUUUCUUAUACCUACCUACAAGUCGUUGGCAGGUCAUGUCUGCUGCAUACCUAUAUGCAUCCACGAUCCGGCCAUGCUUCCCGAGGGCACUGGAGGACUGUGGAAACUCCGCGCCGGCGGGCGAAUGUCAUGUACCUAUUCGCCCCCGUUCACUUCGAGAUCGCUUCCUUCUCGCCCCUCCUCCUCUUCUCUUCCCCGCUUCUGGUACCUGCCUACAAGUACCUCCCGCCUUGAGCCUCAACCGGGACGGCUCUCGAUAUAAAAGUAGGACUGCGGGUAGGGCUCUCCGAGGAACGAUGUAUCCUAGUCUUGUUUUCUUUUAAUCUCCUUUCUUCCACUGCUUCCUUCUCGUGUGCAGUUGCGAGUCGAGAAGCAUUCGAGCGCAGCAGAAGAAAGAGAAAAGAACAGAAGCGUCGGCACUCCCAUAGCUCGUCGUACAUACGCCAAUCAAUCGGCCGGGCUUUGGCUUGUUCAGCUCGGCAGCCAUCCACAUCUUUUUUUCGGUGUUUUUUUUGGUUCUUUG